AUGAAUUUGGGUCAGAGAUUCCUGCAUGCAACAGCAGUCUCCAAUUAUGCUUCUGGUUCAGGAGGUUUUGAUAGAGUAAUAACACAACUUGAGAAAAUUGUGAGAGAUGACUGUAAAUCUGGCAAGAUUAAGAAACUUGAUGAUGGUAGUGGUAUCAUAGCUAAUAUUGAGAUGUACAGGAUUCUUAUUCAAGGUUUAUGUCAGGCUGGUAAGUUGGAAGAUGCAAGAAAACUGUUUAUUGAUAUCCCAAACAAAGGAUUGGCACAUGAUGUAGUAACAUAUACCACAAUGAUCAAUAGCCUCUUUUGUGAGAAGAUGUUAUCCGAGGCUAACGCAUUAAUCAUCCAAAUGGAAGAGAAGGGCUGUUUACAAGAUGCCAGAGCAUUUGAUACCAUCAUCCGUGGAUUUCUUAUAGCAAAGGAGACUGCCAAGGCAUUGCACUUUCUUCGCAAGAUGCGUUCAAGAAAUAUUUCACCAAGUGACUCCGUUAUUACCUGGUUAGCAAACACUCAUCUCUCGUUAGAUGAGUUUAGGAAUCUGUAG